AUGGCAGACGAGACCAUGCUCAGCGCAUAUGAAGCUUCUUUCCGGGCCCCCAGCGUUGUUGCUUCGCAGAUACUCGCAGGUGCUGGCGCCGCUAUCAACGGCAUCUUUAUCACUCGACCCCUGAUACUCACCCCGGAAUGCCGUCACUCUGGCGCCGCAGAUCUGGUAAAAGAGAUCAUGCUCAGCACGUACGGGGAUUCUUUCCGGGCCCGUAGCGCAAUUGCGUCGCAGAUACUCGCAGGUGCUGGUGCCGCUUUCAGCGGUAUCUUCAUCACUCGACCUCUGAGACUCACCCCGGAAUGCCGUCACCCUUCCGAGGUCAUAGGUCAGCGAUUUAUGCGCUGA